AUGCUUGCUGCUUUGCUGGCCGUGACGACUGCCGCAGGCACGAAGGCACAGGCCGCACCUUGGGCGGAUGGCAGGUGGUACGAUGCCUCGCCCUACUUCAACCUGCCCAUACCAGUCUGCAAGUUGGUUCCCAAGUGUGUCCAAGAAGGCACGUGUGGCCUGGGCCACGCCAAGUGUCCAAAGAACUUCGAGGCGUUUCAGGGCUACUGCUAUCGUGCGCUUCUGCGGCCUUGCGUUUACGAAGAAGCCAUCCAGCGCUGUCGGGACCACCACGACUCGACCCUCGUUUCCAUCACGAACGCAGAAGAGAACCUUUUCGUGCGACACAUCUGUGGCAACCAUUUCUGCUGGCUCGGCUUGGCGGAGGAGCCUCAGGGCGAGGACUGGUAUUGGAUCGACGGGGCAGGUGGCAACGCCGGCAAGCUGGGCUACUGGAAUUGGGCCAAAGGGGAGCCCAACAAUGGCAACGGCUUGGAUGAGACAGUUGCCAUCAUGAACUUCAACAUCCCGGUGGCGCAGAAAGAGGAACCGCUUCACUGGGUCAAUGGGCUCUGGUACGAUGUGCCGGUUCACUUCGCCCUCGGGCAGGCCAUUUGCGAGCGAAAAGCCAACGAUGGCGGUGAAUGCCCCGAGAACUGGAGAAGUUGGGGGCCUUCCUGCUAUCGUUUCUUCCACUGGCCUGCCAACUUCAAGGACGCCGAGGAUCGAUGCCGGGAGUGUUCGGCUUUCUUGGUUUCCAUCAGUUCGGAUGAUGAGCAGUACUUUGUACAGGAUCUCUGUGGAGACCACAUGUGCUGGCUGGGCCUCGAGGAGAAGAAGGGGUCGGAGUAUUGGAAGUGGGUGGAUGGGUCAACACUCAUCUACGAGCAUUGGGCCCGAGGGGAACCCAACAACUUCGGCGGCGACGAAAGCCGCGCUUGCAUGAACUUCAACUUCCGUGAGGUAAUGAGGAAGGCGCCACUUGCCUGGGUGAUGUCGCAGAGGCGGAAGUCGCUGGCUGCCCGGCGGAAUGCUGAGAAGGCGGAGGGAGCGGUUUCCCUCGGGUUGCAGCCCUGGGCAGAUGGUACCUGGUACGAUGCGCCCUCCUCGUUCAACCUGCCAAUCACCAUCUGCAAGUCUCCAGCGGAAUGCCUGCUUUCCGUGGGCGGUUGUAAGAGAAAGGGUGCGCAGGAGCAAUGCGAGGAUGGUUGGCAGGCCUUUGACUACUACUGCUACCACAAAAUCGAUCGACCGGCUGAGUUUGCAAUCGCCUUGCAGCGCUGCGAGGAGCACAACUCCUUCCUGGUCUCCAUCGAGACUCCAGAGGAGAAUGAGUUCGUGCAAAAGAUGUGUGGCAAUCGCUUCUGUUGGCUUGGCCUGCGCAAGCACUCGAGCUCUGCUGUUUGGUGGUGGCUUGACGGCCGCACAUUCGACGUUCGAAGCUACAGCAACUGGCAUGACGGCGAGCCGAAUCAGUUCGACAACGUGAAUGAAAACGCCGCCAUCAUGAACUUCGACCUGAAGGAGCAGCUGACAGAAGCGACUGAGCCGGGUUCGUGGGCCGCAGGUCAAUGGUACGAUAUAUCAGGAAUCUUCGACCAGCCCACUGCGAUAUGCGAGAAGAGACGAGGAGAUCAGAAAGCUCCCUGCGAAGCGGGUUGGGAGGUCUUCGAGUACGGCUGCUACAAGAGGCUCGACUGGCACUGGGACUUCCACACCGCGUCAGAGCGCUGUCUGGAGUUAGAUGCGCAUUUGGUGUCGAUCGGCACGGUGGAGGAACAAAGAUUCGUCCAGAAGCUGUGCGGGGCAAGAAUGUGCUGGCUGGGUCUCAGCGAACACCCCGAGACUGAAGAAUGGUUCUGGACGGACAACUCCCAUCUUGGGUUCCAGAAUUGGGCCCGGGGGGAGCCCAACAACUGGCACGGCCACGAUGAGAACGUCGCCGUGAUGAACAUGCACACGAACUUCAGCGUUCACAGAGCGCAUGAGGAGGAUCUGGCAAAGGCGCUCGUCGCUGGGCUUCUGCUCCUGGCCGUGGUCCUGCUCGGUCGGGUACUGCUCACCCGAGCGCAGAACAAGGACAUCGAGUUCCUUCCCACGAUCGUCGACGGUGCUCGCAGUCCCGCUCUGCUGGACCCUGUGAUGGAGGCGGAGAACGAAGAAGACGAAGCUUCAGCUGCAGCUCCCCCACCAGCGGAGUAA